AUGGAGUUUGUAAAAUCUAUAGUGGAUGGCUACCAUGACCUGAUGGACAAUAAAAGUGACCAAAGAGUCAAAGACUGGUUUCUAAUGUCUUCACCGUUUCCCACACUAGCUAUCUGCCUCACAUAUGUCUUCAUUGUUAAAAUUCUUGGACCGAAGCUCAUGGAAAAUAGAAAACCGUUUGAAUUGAAGCAAGUUCUCAUAUGGUACAAUCUCUUUCAAGUAGUAUUUAGCAUCUGGCUGUUUUACGAGAGCAUUAAAAGUGGAUGGUUCACUACAUACAGUUUCCGAUGCCAACCAGUGGAUUACUCAAGAAGUCCACAAGCAAUGCGGACAGUUAACGGCUGUUGGUGGUACUACUUCUCCAAGUUUACGGAAUUCUUCGAUACGAUUUUCUUCGUGAUGCGCAAGAAAAAUGACCAUGUGUCGAAGUUGCACGUCAUUCAUCACGGCAUCAUGCCCAUGUCGGUAUGGUUCGGAGUCAAAUUUACCCCAGGUGGUCAUUCCACGUUCUUCGGGAUGCUUAACACAUUUGUCCACAUUAUAAUGUACUCAUACUACUUACUCGCCGCUCUCGGUCCCAAAGUACAAAAGUACUUGUGGUGGAAGAAAUACCUGACGGUUCUGCAAAUGGUUCAAUUUGUGUUGGUGUUCUUUCACGCCUUCCAGCUGCUCUUCAUCGAUUGCAACUACCCUCGCGCUUUCGUCUGGUGGAUCGGAAUGCACGCCGUACUCUUCUACUACCUAUUCUCUGAUUUCUACAAACAGUCGUACAUCAAGAAGGCUCAGAAACUAGAAGCAAAGAAAAAAGCUGAAGUAGAAUUAUUGAAGCAAGAACAUGAAACCAAAGAAAGGAAGUUAUCUCUACUUAAUAGCUUUGGCAACGGCUCUGCGCUCGGGGACGUGCGGCAGAGGAUGGCGGGAGCCGUCGCAUCACAG